AUGAUAUUUACAAAUGAAGUAUUUUUAUUGAUUAUUAUUUAUUUCUCUUUUGAAAAUUACAUUUAGAACCCAAAAUCACAUUUAGANUAAGGGUAUUCAAGAACUCAACGUAAUGUUAGUGAUGUAGAAUGGAAAAUUUAUGGCUUCUAAUUAAUAAAUGGUAUUGCUUAAGAACAUUUUAGUGGAUUGAAGUCUUUCUCAGAUUAUACUAUUCAAGCUUAUUGCGCUGACUUAGUAGGUGUAUCUAGUGAAGCUCUUAUUUAUAAUUGGUAAACAAGAUUCAAUGGGGGAAAUGGAAUAAAAUUAAAUAUUACAUUUUCUAGUCCUUUAACAUCAAUAUAAUAAUUAGAAUUAAUUUGUGGAGUCAACUUUAUAUUUACUAUUGAUUACAAUAGAAUCACUGAUGCUAAAGGUUAAAUGUGCAACAUAGAAACUCUUGAUAUUCUUUCCUUAUCCUCUAAUGAUGUUGCUAGCACUUUAACAGGAGUUUCCACUUCUUACUACAUAUAUUUUUAACCAGAUUUAUCUUUAAUGGAUGAAACUAUAAAUUAAGUUGUAUUAACAGCUUUAAAUGACAAAAAAGCAUUCAUUUCCUUACUAUCCAAUAAAAUGAGCAUAGAUCCAGAAGAAGAUCCUACAAUUUUUGAUGUUACAUAUUCUGAACCAGAUCAAUCAAUAAAACCUGAUUUAAACUUUACUAAUCCAGAAAUAGGAUCUAUUAAUGCAACUAUGAAUUUUACAUUAUAUAAAGCUAAAGGAUAUGUUGGAAUAGGAAUAGAACAAACUGAUACAGCAUAACUUCCAACAAUCGCUUAAAUUAGAAAAUCAAUUAACUUUCUUGGAAGAUCUUUACAUUAGAGUUUUCUUCUCUUUUUUAAUUAUUCAAGCCCCAUCUAAAAUUAAACCUAGUAAGUAUGGUUUACUAAUUUGAGUCCUAAUUUAAAAUAUAAGGUAUAUUUCUACAUUAUCAAUUUUAAGAUUUAUUGGUUUUAUUCAAAUGAUGACACAGGGGCAUUAGCUAAAGUUUCUAAUGUAUCUUUUGUACAAAUUCAGACUACUCCCAACCAAACUUAUAGUGGUGGAAGAAUCCAGUUUCUUCUACUCAUUAUGAUAUUGAUAUUAAUAUAUUGA